CCCAAUCCAAAUAGGAACCACUUGGAUCGUUCACGAUCAACAAUGUCCGGUAUUGACAGAAAUAUGUAAGCUUUGAAGUUGAAAAUCGAAAAUUUGAAGAAAAUCUCGAAGACGAAGAUGGAUCGUAACUGCUAGUAUCAUGCAAUUGGACCAGGAAUUUGGACGAUAUGAAGAAGGAAUAAGAUCCUCUGGCUAUGAAAACUGUUACUUCAUCUUCAUUGUCGUUGAUUUCCCAGCCAUGCUCCGGAAUUAGCCCCUGCUAUUACAGUGCUUCUUAUUCUUCCUCUCUUACUAGUGCUGCUGCUUCUUCUCCUCACAGGACCAUAGUUGCCAAAAGCAAGAAGCAGUAUGAGGCUUCUAAGGGUUCGGAGUCAUAUCCUCCAAGAAUUACUUCAAAUGUGAAGCAAAACCUGCAAUUCCUCAGGUUGUGGAAGGAGUUCCAAAAAAGAAAGUCUGGUACCCCCAGGCCUUCAACCAGUUAUCGCAAAAAGAAGGUAGAGAAGGAGGAUGUUCCUGAAGAUACAGAUCUCUAUCGGGACCCCACCCUGAACCUCUACUAUACAAACCAGGGUAUAGACAAUGCAGUCCCUGUAUUGCUUGUUGAUGGUUAUAAUGUGUGUGGCUAUUGGAUGAAGCUGAAGAAACAUUUUAUGAAGGGAAGACUUGAUAUUGCUCGUCAAAAGCUUAUUGAUGAGCUCGUGACUUUUAGCAUGCUGAGAGAGGUGAAAGUGGUGGUUGUUUUUGAUGCAGUGUUGUCUGGACUACCUACGCACAAGGAAAAUUUUGCCGGUGUGGAUGUGGUUUUCUCUGCUGAAACAUGUGCUGAUACGUGGAUUGAGACAGAGGUUGCAGCAUUGAAAGAGGAUGGAUGUCCCAAAGUGUGGGUUGUUUCUUCUGAUCACUGUCACCAGCAGGCUGCACAUGGAGCAGGAGCCUAUGUUUGGAGUUGCAAAGCAUUGGUUACUGAGAUCAAGGCAUCACAAAAGGAGGUCGAGAUAAUGCUCAAAGAACAAAGGUCCACUUCUUUCCAAGGUAGAUUGUUGAAACACAAUCUAGAUGCAGAAGUGGUGGAUGCAUUGAAGGACCUAAGGCAAAAGCUAUCUCAAAAUCAGAUGAAAUAGCUGUUCAGGCUUAUUGGCGUGGUAAGCUGGAAUCUCACAUUUUGCUGGGAUCAUGGCCUUGAGAUAAUGAUGGGAAAGCAACUUUAAGGGAAGAGUAAAGUAGUUUGGCCCUUUCAUUGCUAGGCUUAUUUAGCUUUAGUUUCUACAAAAUUACUGAAUGCACAAGUUGGUUUUUUAGAGAUAGCUCUCAUAAUACAUUAAUUCCUUGGACAUCUUUGGGGAGAAAUUAUUAUCAUACUUUUGUGUGUUACUUUAUUUAUACUCUCUUACCCAAGGGAAAAAAAAUUGUCCUAACACUCUCUUGCAUGAAAUUGAUAUUCUAUUAUCCACUCAAA